ACGGUUGGGCCAAUGUAACCAUUCUCUCUCGUCAAAGGUUUUAGUUUGAGUUUGAGUAUCUAAGCAUGGCUCUCUCCCAAUCUUGCCGGAAAACAAGCCUUCGAAAACGAUGCUAUCUGGUUGCAAAACAGCAGAAGACGCGCUUCUACAUCUUCGGACGCUGCAUAGCCAUGCUCCUCUGCUGGCACGACCACGCUAUUUCCGAUUAGACCCUUCACUCUAACUUGCGUUUCAGCUAUGAGAGCAUCGAAAUUUCGAUCUUUGUCCAUAUGGGCACCCACCCUCGGCGUCACGUUAUUGCUUUUGCCACACCCGACGACAAAGAGGGGUGUAGGAAAGUGGAGGAUUACAACACAUUGAAGAUCAAUCACUGCAAAUGCAAAUUGGAUUGUCUUGUGUCUCUUGAGGUUGAAUUGAAGAAUUCUUGGGGCACAAGGUGGAAAAAAUUGGGUCUUUGAAACUGGUGGCUUAUAGGGUUAGUUGAUCAGGGAAAAGAUAAGGUCUUGAAAUUAAUUGGACCCGUUUGAGUUGAGUACCCAAAAGUUGGGUACUUGAUUGGCUUCGUUGCCGUGUAAUUACUAUUGUAAUCAUCUGACCUUGUUUUAGACAAUAGUUUUAUUGAGCUGAAACAAGUGUUCUCCAAAAGUGCUGCUAUCUUUCCGUGACAAUUAUUUUUUUAUUCAUAAAAUUGGUUACUUAAGAUUA